GAGUACUUCCGGUCUCCGGCACCGGAAGCCGCGACCCAGAGCGGUGGGGCGGCAGCCAUGGGUGCCAGGUGGUGCUGAGAACAGUGGGGCAUGGCUGCAGUCCUGCAGGUCCUGCCCUGCUUGGCCCGAGCCCCCUUGCGCCCACUCCUCUUGGGUGGCGCAGUGGUCCGGCUGGCCAGUGGCAUGGCCCUCGCGGAGCAGGCACGGCAGCUGUUUGAGAGCGCUGUGGGUGCCGUGCUUCCAGGCCCCAUGCUGCACCGGGCACUGUCCUUGGAUCCUGGUGGUGGGCAGCUGAAGGUGCGGGACCGGAGCUUUCAGCUGCGGCAAAACCUCUACCUGGUGGGCUUUGGCAAGGCUGUGCUGGGCAUGGCAGCUGCAGCUGAGGAGCUACUGGGCCAGCAUCUCGUGCAGGGUGUGAUCAGCGUUCCCAAGGGGAUCCGUGCUGCCAUGGAGCAUGCUGGCAAACAGGAGAUGCUGCUGAAGCCACACAGCUGUGUCCAGGUAUUUGAGGGCGCAGAGGACAACCUCCCAGACCGUGAUGCACUCCGGGCCGCACUGGCCAUCCGGCAGCUGGCUGAAAGCCUCACGGCUGACGAUCUACUGCUUGUGCUCAUCUCAGGUGGGGGCUCAGCCUUGCUGCCAGCCCCUAUCCCACCCGUCACACUGGAGGAAAAGCAGACACUCACCAAACUGCUGGCGGCCCGUGGAGCCAACAUCCAGGAGCUGAACACAAUCCGGAAGGCCUUGUCCCAGCUCAAGGGUGGGGGGCUGGCUCGGGCUGCCUACCCUGCCCAGGUGGUGAGCCUGAUUCUGUCAGACGUGGUGGGGGACCCUGUGGAGGUGAUCGCCAGCGGCCCCACUGUGGCUAGCGUCCACAACGUGCAAGAUUGCCUGCACAUCCUCAAUCGCUACGGCCUUCGUGCUGCCCUGCCACGUUCCGUGAAGACUGUGCUGGCUCGGUCUGACUCUGACCCUCAUGGGCCACACACCUGUGGUCACGUACUCAACGUGAUCAUUGGCUCCAACGCGCUGGCGCUGGCCGAGGCCCAGCGGCAGGCUGAGGCGCUGGGGUACCAGGCUGUGGUGCUGAGCGCAGCUAUGCAGGGCGAUGUGGAAAGUAUAGCCCGGUUCUACGGGUUGCUCGCCCAGGUGGCUGGAACCUGCCUCACUCUGGCUGGGGCUGGAGCCUCUGCGGAGGAGGCUGAACAACUCCAUGAGCUGGCAGCUGAGCUCCAGCUCCCAGACCUGCAGCUGAAGGAGGCUCUGGAGGCUGUGGUGAGGGCCAGGGGCCCCGUCUGCCUGCUGGCUGGUGGUGAGCCCACAGUGCAAUUGCAGGGCUCAGGAAAGGGUGGCCGGAACCAGGAACUGGCCCUGCGUGUUGGAGUAGAGCUGGGACGACGGCCACUGGGGCCUGUAGAUGUGCUGUUUUUAAGUGGUGGCACCGAUGGGCAGGAUGGCCCCACAGAGGCUGCUGGGGCCUGGGUCAUGCCUGAGCUGGCCAGCCAGGCUGCUGCUGAGGGCCUGGACGUGGCCACCUUCCUAUCUCACAAUGACUCACAUACCUUCUUCCGUUGCUUUCGUGGUGGGGUGCACCUGCUGCACACAGGGCUGACUGGCACCAAUGUCAUGGAUGCCCACCUCCUGUUCCUGCGGCCACGGUGAUGGUGUAGGUUGUGUUUUAGGAGUACAGAGGAGGCCUACAGGACAGCAUCCUGGGGCCGACCAGGGUUGGUCCCCAAGGCCUCACCAGGCCUUAGGGUUCCUUCUUUCCUUGGCCCAGGCUGCUUGGUUGGCCC